CUUUCUUUUCUCUUCUGCAUCUCAUCUCCAUACUGCCUUGGGCUGGAUGCAUCACCUGUACCUUGCUUUCUCUAGCACGUAACGGCUGGGCUCGUGCCUUUGAUUUGGGCUGCAUCUGAUCGGCACCUAACCAGUUCUCCUCUAUACGUUGUCCGGCGCAACCACCAGAAUCUCUCUCAACACGGGUGCUUCACUCAGUACGCCGAACAGCUAGAUUGUGUCGUGAAAACAUCGUCUCGUCGGUUAACGUGCCGCGUGUGAUGACGUUGUAGUGGCCGCCACGUUCAGCCCAGACUCCUACUCUUAUUCACGCUUCUGAGCAUCUGAUCCUAGUAUUUCAAUUACACUGUGAGAAGGUCCAUUCGCAAUCUGCGCACAUCCGACAAAAUGAUUGGCAGUAUAUUCUUCAUCUGCAACCGCAUUCUGGAGCUUGUCUUCCUGAUUCCGAUCAUCGGAAUGAUGGCAUACUUCGUCAAUGGCUACCUCAAUGCGAACCAAAUUACCCCUGCCUACAUUCUCGUUCUCUUCAUCGUCAGCGUCAUUGCAGCUUUCUGGUGCCUCGAUACCCUGAUCCGCUUUUCGACCACCAAGCGCUCCGCCAUGUUUGUCGCUUUCAUCGACCUCCUCUUCUUCGGUGCUUUCAUUGCGGGUGUCUAUGAGCUGCGAUUUAUUGCAGGGGCCAGUUGCUCUCAUUGGGAUGGUGGUUCGGUGUACAUUUCCUUGGGCCCCUUCGGAUACUACGGCUACAGGACCGAUAAUCCGCUGUCCUUCCACAUUGACAAGACUUGCGCGAUGCUGAAGGCCAGCUUUGCACUGGGGAUCAUUGAAGUUGUCUUCUUCCUCUGGACGGCUAUCCUUGCUCUCGCUAUCUACAAGCGUCCGGAAGUUGUUGUCAAGGAGACCACUGUCCGUCGCAGGAGUCACAGCAGUCGACGUGGUCACCGGCGCCACAGCAGCUCGGGUCGGCGGCAGCAGUAUGUGGUAUAAAACAUUUUGCAUGCCAAGCAACAGAUAUGAUGGGAUGAUACGCAUUAAUGAUUGGAAUGGAUAACGCGAAACGAACGAUACACAGAAAAAAAAAAGAUGAAACAAACGAAGUAACGAGGGAAGGCAUACCGACAGCAUGAGUCUUAGCAAUCAACCAUUGAUGAUCUUUGAUUGUUACUGCUCCAUAUAUGAUGAUAAUGUUUCGAUUUGACAAAGUUCCUUGUCCAUUUUGUACGGCAUUUGAUGCUUUCUGAAAAUGCUAUUGUUUUAGCUUUCUCAUUUUUGUCAAUCCCUAUAAGAUAUGUGAGCUAUGUUUACGCAAG